GAGAGAGGGAGAAGCCAGGGAGAGAGAGUUGAGAUGUUUUAUAUGCCUGAUCAACCUUCUAUUAGUCGUUAAUGUCUGGCAUCUUGUGACGUUCUCAUGACAAUUUACACCACUGUCUUGUAAUGUUAAAUCAACUGUUCAUGUUUCAUGAGUCUCUUCUAGUCGUUGUCAUUCUAUAAUCCCAGAGUUUCAUUUUGGGGCGGAGCUUUGUGUCUGAGAGCCAACCACACGGAGCAGAAUCAGGUCAGUCUGCUGGAGAGGACCUGAAAAAAACAGGCACAGAGCGCAGCAGGAGGAUAGUUGACUGACUGAACGAGCAGCAUGUCUAAACCAUCGUCCAACGUCAAAGCCCUGCAGGCAAAUCUAAAUAUUCCGAUGGGAGCGCUGCGUCCAGGUGCGGGACAUCCUGUCAAGAGGAGAGAGGAGACUGUAGACACAGAGGAGGCUCCUCCCCCAGACCCCCUGCAGGAAGCCACGGCCCUGUCACCAGAGGAGAAGAAGCCAUUGCCAGGAUCGAUGAAGCUUCCUGGUCCAGCAGUCAACCUAUCAGAGCUGCAGAACGUCAAGAGUGAACUACGAUGGGUCACCAAGGACUAACACAUACACUGCUGUUUCCCAACUUGUCCUCCAGUACUGAAUCAGGUGUGCUUGUCCAGGGAUACAAUAAAAUGUGUACUGUUGGGGAUACUCGAGGAGUACUACCGGUUAAUCAGACCCACAACCACCCUGCAUCUUCUACUGAUGGACUACAACUUCCAUACCCACCCUGCAUCUUCUACUGAUGGACUACAACUACCACACCCACCCUGCAUCUUCUACUGAUGGACUACAACUACCAGAUACACCAUGCAUCUGCUACUGAUGGACUACAACUUCCACACCCACCCUGCAUCUUCUACUGAUGGACUACAGCUACCACACCCACCCUGCAUCUUCUACUGAUGGACUACAAGAUACACCCUGCAUCUUCUACUGAUGGACUACAACUUCCACACCCACCCUGCAUCUUCUACUGAUGGACUACAACUACCACACCCACCCUGCAUCUUCUACUGAUGGACUACAAGAUGCACCCUGCAUCUUCUACUUCCACACCCACCCUGCAUCUUCUACUGAUGGACUACAACUUCCACACCCACCCUGCAUCUUCUACUGAUGGACUACAACUACCACACCCACCCUGCAUCUUCUACUGAUGGACUACAAGAUGCACCCUGCAUCUUCUACUGAUGGACUACAACUACCACACCCACCCUGCAUCUUCUACUGAUGGACUACAACUACCAGAUCCACACUGCAUCUUCUACUGAUGGACUACUACUACCAGAUUCACCCUGCAUGUUCUACUGAUGCACUACAACUAGCAGAUCCACACUGCAUCUUCUACUGAUGGACUACAACUACCAGAUCUACCCUGCAUCUUCUACUGAUGGACUACUACUACCAGAUUCACCCUGCAUGUUCUACUGAUGGACUACAACUAGCAGAUCCACCCUGCAUCUUCUACUGAUGAACUACAAGAUUGACCUUGCAGCUUCUAUUGAUGAACUACAACUACCAGAUUCACCCUGCAUCUUCAACUGACUAACAAUAAGAUCGACCUUGCAUGUCCUACUGAUGAACAACUACCAGAACCAAUCUACAUCUUCUACUGAUGGACAACAAGCCCUACCCUGCAUCUUCUACAGAUGAACUACAACUACCAGAUCCACCCUGCAUCUUCUACUGAUGAACUACAAAUACCAGACCCAACGUACAUCAUCAACUGAUAGACUACAACUACCACCAGACUACACCUAACCCUAUCAGCUACAGACAUCUAUACCAGACUACACCUCACCCAAUCAGCUACAGACAUCUAUACCAGACUACACCUCACCCUAUCAGCUACAGACAUCUAUACCAGACUACA